CAUAUCGUGUUUGCACUUCUACCCCACCCCCUCCCCUAUCAAGUGUCCCCUAGCCUGACGUCACGCAUCAAUCGAUACUUUGUUUUGUGGAUUUCAGUUGUAUGUGUUGUGAACGGGAAGCAACGUUUCUUGUGGACUCCCUCUCCGUAACUCUCCCCUUUAACUUAUCUCUAAUAUCUACCUACCCGAGGCCUCCGAAACACCAUGACUUAUAACAUAUCCCGGGAAAGGAAAGCAACAUUCAAGAGCAUCGCACAUGUCCUAACAAUUGAAGAAAAUGUAUUACAGAGCGGUCACCUGAACGAGUCAAUGCACUAAUGUUGUGCUGGAGCGAAUUUAUGAAAUCUGCUCUAGUUUUCGGUUGAAGGUGCACUAACAUGUGUGAGGUUCCUGAUAUAUUUGAUACAAAGUAAAUAAGAGCUGGUUGAUAGAUGGCAUCCGCCCUAUUGCACAUGAGUUGCACACAAUUGAAAAAUGAAAGUGUCAUCGGUAAUAUGGAAUCUGAUUCGUACGAUGCAGCAUAUUCAGAACUUGGGAGAACCAAAAGGGACCAUGACACUGAUGACAUGGAUAGAUGUCAAGUGAAGAAAAGGAGAAAACAGUCUAAACCGAUACGGAUAGCAUCUACUGAAUCGCUCCCUUAUAUCGAAGUGAAAUCGACAACAUGGACAGGAUUGAACCAGCAGCCAAACCAAAACCCAAGUCCACCAGAAACUAUGAAUGAAGACUACUUAAAAUUAAAUGAAAAUGACCAUUUGAGUUUAGGAAUUGAAAAUAAAUCUAGUACAAGAAAUGAAAGCGAUGCUGAGGGUAGUAAUGAAGAUAAUUGUCUCGAAUCGUUCAACCAUGAGAUAAAGAGAGAGUUUGUCUAUCCAUUAAAUUUAUCUCAUACAAAGUCUCCAUCCCCUAAAGAUUCAAUCGACUCGUUUGUUGGUGAAGAAAGAAACUGGUACAAAGCCCCAGAGGGAUCACCGUUGUACCCAUUGCAUCCUCUGGACCCAACUUCCUUACGUAAUCAAGUUUAUCAAAACAAUAUUCUUAUUCCGUCUCAAGCACCUGGCCUUGUAUUACCCAAUUUUAAGAGGAUUUUUGUUGGAAACAACGAAACUCAGAUAAGUUCACCACAUCGUAUUUUUAAUCCUGAAGCUUUUUGUGAUCUCUGUAACAAAGAAUUUUGUAAUAAAUAUUUUUUGAAAACACAUAAAGCAAACAAACACGGCAUUUACAUGGAAAAUGUAAGCUCGAAUAAUGUCGACAAUAUACCAUCAUUACCGAUGAUAAACUAUUUUUCAAAUAACAUUACAAACUCGAACAAUUUGCCAAUGAUAAAUUAUUUCUCGAAUAAUAUUUCUGGAAAAAAGCCAACGACUCCCUUCCCUACGACAUCCACCAGUAAAACAAAUAGCAGCAGUAUGAGGGCGUUUUGUAACAUCUGCCAACGUGAAUUUUGUAACAAAUAUUUUGUACGCCGGCACAAAGCAAAAAUUCAUGGAAUAAUUGAAACAACCGAUGAGUCACAAGAAUACAAACCACAAAUGGCGAUGACUGAAAAAAAUGAAAUCGUAAAUGAAGCAGGCUUACCUGGACCUUCAGCAGCUAGUUCAAAACCGAAUGUCAAUAACAAAGAACAUCAGCCUAACAAAGAUGUAAAUGAAGUUUUUGUGGAAGAGGAGAAAGAAAGAAUAAAAAAAGAACAACAGGAGAACGACACAGAAAUGCCACCAGACAGCCCACAAAAUGCACUAAACAUAUUAGUGUCGACUUGGCAGAGUGAAGAGAGUAAAGAAAGUGCAAAAUCUCCAGACCGAGACCGAAAUAAAAAACCUCAAAUUUCCAUGGGAAACAGCGCUUUCUGUGAUAUUUGUUGCAAGGAAUAUUGCAACAAAUACUUUCUUCGUGUGCACAAACAAAAAUUUCACGGUAUUACAGUUCCUGAGAAAGAUGACAGAGUGAAAGAGACAAACAAUAUGUUUUGGAAAUCAAACCAACCAAUGCCACUUAAUUUGAUCUUAAGAGAAAAUAAUAAGAGUCAACCUGAAAAUGAAGGGGUUUUUUCAUGCAAUAUUUGUAAUAUAUCAUUUCCUGAGCCGUACCUUCUGAAAAUGCAUUCAACACAAGUUCAUGGGCAAAAUAAACCGCAAGAAGUACUUCAACCUCAGUUUCAAAACACUUUUAUCCCGAUUGAUCAAAAAGUAACUAAAACCAAUAUUGACACAUCGCCCCAAACUUCGGCAGAUUUGACAACCAAAAACAACAACCAUGCCGACCCUAUAUUAGACAAUGGAAAAUCUUUAAGUGGAGAUGUACAAAAAUUGCAUUCAAUGAUAAUGAAAUUGAACCAACACACCCAGUUAGAUGUACUUACAUGUGACAUAUGUAACAAAGAAUUUGGGCGAACAUCUUCUCUUGAGAAUCACAUUAUUAAAGAACACGCUGUACUUUUGGAAGAAAUCAGUAAUGGAUUUUAUGAAGAAAACAUGAAUGCCCAAGUGAAUGCGAAUAAGUUCGAUUGUCCAAAAUGUACAAAAUAUUUUCCAACAUUGAGUUUGCUCGAACACCAUCUCGGAGAGAAACACGGGAUAUAUGAACCUAAAAUAAACAUGAGGAAUGGGGAGGAAAGUCAAGAUGUGAGUCCUCCGAUGGUAAUACAAGGUGAACGCCAAAUUGUGCACACUCCAACAAGUAGUUUCUGUGAAAUUUGUAAAAAAGAGUUGUGCAACAAGUAUUUUAUGAAAACACAUAUGCAAAGGAUGCACGGGAUAUCAAUUGAAAAUGGUGCACAUAUUGGAGGAGUAGUUUGUGAUAUAUGUAACAAAGAGCUUUGUAGUAAGUACUUUUUACGAGUACAUAAACAAAAUUCACAUGGAAUUGUCGAGGAAGCCUUCCUUCCACAAAUUGGAUCCGAGGUCAAAUCUCAAAUUGCAAAUACUGAUACUGCAUUGAAACCAUCCGAAAAUGAACUGACGCAUAGGUAUUUCAGUCACUUCACUGAAGUUUGUACGAUUUGUAGUAGGAGAUUCCGUAGCGUCAAAUGGCUCAAGACGCAUUUGUUGAACGACCACGGAGAAGAAGGGAAAGACAAAUGGAGGGAAGUACAACUCCAAAAUGGAAAUAAACCUCUUGACAAAUUUACACCAGACUCCAAAAAGAUUCCUGACACAGCAUUUUACACUAAUAACUUUAGAAAUUGUGUUUCAGAUGAACCGAGUACGUCAUAUCAGUCAAACGAAUCCUUCAAUAUAUUAAACAAAAACCCUUCUACAAAACAAUACCAAUGUUCUUACUGUUCUUUUUCCACAUCAGUACUAGCAUUAUUAUUUGUUCAUGAAAGGGCGCAUUUUCCAAAUUCAAUAGAAAAUCAGGAGUUGAGAUGUCACCUCUGUAUGGCCAAUUACGAUUCACAGGAUGCACUGGAACUCCACAUAAACACUCAUCAUUCUGUCAACAAUACUCCAAACAAACUAUUAGACGAUAAUCCAAAUUUCAAUCCUCAAAAUCUGAUAUGUGAACCACCAAUCGAUAAUGCUGACAAGGACAACAUUGUGGGAAAUGACAAUAAUUUUACUGAAAUUUCCGAUUCUAAGCUUUUCAUUAGAACAUUAGGUGAAGCUUGCUUGAAAUGCCCAAAAUGCCCAUAUGUUACUCCUCAUUUAGAAACAUAUAUCGAUCACAUUAAAAAAGAGCAUAAGGUCGAUGAUAUAAGCAAAAAUUAUUUUCAAAUUGUUAGGGAUGCUUUGUUGCAAAUUGCUAAUAACUCACUUGUUCCUGCCUCGUUUGCCAUUCCAAAUAAUUUAGGAAAUUUUAUAAUGCAACCAUUUGUCAUUGAAGAUAAAGGAAUUGGAACGAAUAACCCGAGUACUUUUCUUUCAUCGUUAGUUUUUCUUCCUGUUAAAGAAAGACUCAAUAAACCAGUUACUGCAUCCUUCAAACUAACGCCUACGUAGUCUUGAGAAUGGCAUGCAAUCUUUUAAGAGGCCUUCCUUCCGAUCAAUGCUGUCUGGUAAAAAAAAAAUAGACUAUCAACUCGUACAGAGGUAUUCAGUCAAAAAAAUAUCUUAACAAAUUUUGAAAAUACUAGUCUUUUAUGUGAUAUUCAAUUAUCUAGUCUUCGGUAAAAACAUCUGUGAUUUAUUUAUCUUUAUUUAAUUUCUAUGAUC